AUAGCAUACACACCCCUAUUGGAGAGGUGCACGAUGGAUCCGCCACCGCUCUAAUCUCUCGAGUCUGAUGCAUUGUCCGCAUGUGUGACGACGUCAUUCCAGCAUUUCCAUGGCGAGCAUCAAGACGAUCUUUAGCGGCCUGCAGAGUCCUCCGCAGGGGGUAGGCGACGUCAAGACCGCCAUCCACCCGCGCGACGCGUCGGGGUUCUUGAGCGCGUCCACCUUUAGCUGGUGCAACCGCCUCAUCUCCGUCGGGAACGAGCGGCAGCUGGCUCCGUCCGACAUCUGGGAGCUCCAAGACUCGAACAAGGUUGGUCCGCUGCUUCAGCAGUACCUGGCCGUGUACCAUGCCAAACACCGGGGACUGCUCCGGGCGUUCUUCUCCAUCUACAAGUGGAAGCUGGUCGUGAUCGCGGUCAUGCAGGUCGUGUCUUCUGGGUGCGACCUCUUCGGCCCUGCGUACGUGCUGCCCCAGGUCAUCCUCACCGUCUCCACCAGCAACUGGACGCGCGGGGUCGUCCUCGUCGUGGCGCUGUUCUUUGUGCAGAUGCUGAGCUCGUUGCUCAAGUCUCACAUGAACUUCAUGAGCGAAGUGAUCGGCAUCCAGUUCACUGCGUGCCUUCGGUCCAUGUUGUUCGAGAAAGCGCUCAAGUUGAGCUCCAAGGCCCGCAAGGACAAGACGGCGGGGGAUAUCGCCAACUUGUUUUCCGUGGACGUGGUCAACGUGAUGGGGCUGUCGGCGAACAUGAACAUGGCGUGGAUCGUGCCGAUUCAGGUGGGUGUGACACUGUACCUGAUCCAGCAGCAGGUCGGGUGGGCCAUCUGGGCCGGGUUCCUCGCGCUCUUCUCGAUCCUCAUGCUGUCUGGCGGCGUCGGCGUGUUCGCGGGGAAGGCGCAGCGGAUGAUCCUGACCUGCAAAGACAACCGGAUGAAAGUCAUCAACGAACUGUUCGGAGCGAUCCAGAUUGUCAAGUUGCAUGCGUGGGAGGAGAAGUUGACGGCGUCUGUGACAGAGUUACGGCGGAAGGAACUGGAUGCGCUGUGGUUGUUUGUCAAGACCAUCCUCGUGCUUAUCACGAGUGUGCACACUGCGCCCGUGCUCAUCACAGUCGUGGUCUUUGCAACAUAUGCCAUGUGGAUGGGCCAGCUCUUGACUGUGACCAUCGUCUUUACCACUUUAGCCCUGUUUGAGAACCUCCAGGCAGCGUUUACAGCCCUCCCGAUGGUGUUUGUAGCUACAAUCCAGGCUCUUGUGUCUGUGAAACGCAUCACGUUUGUGCUGGAUAUGCACGAGACGAACCCGGAUAACCUCGUCGAUGGUGUCGUGGAGGAUGUGCACCAACCGGUGGUGAUUCGCAUCUCGGAUGGGGAGUUUGGAUGGGAAAAGGAAUCCCCUCUGUUUAAGAACCUCCAGUGGUCAAUCCGCCAAGGCGAGUUUGUGGUCGUGCAUGGAGCUGUGGGCAGUGGCAAGUCGUCGCUGUGUUCGAUCCUCCUUGGCGAAAUGGACAAGUAUGACGGAAAUGUGGUCGUGGCUGGCCGCGUGGCUUAUGUUGGUCAGCAAUCUUGGAUCCAGAAUGCAACCAUUCGACACAAUAUUCUAUUUGGAAGGCCAUAUGAUCACGUGCGGUACCGAAAGGUGCUGGAUGCAUGUGCGUUGUCGGCGGAUCUAAGCAACUUGCCCGCGAACGACCGCACUGAGAUCGGGCUCAGGGGCGUCACCUUGUCUGGGGGGCAGAAGGCGCGGGUGAGCUUGGCGCGGGCGUGUUAUGCGGAUGCGGACAUUUAUAUCUUGGACGCGCCGCUGUCGGCCGUGGAUGCGAUCGUCGCCAAUGAAAUCUUCACCAAGUGCUUCCAGAACUUGCUCAAACACAAGACGGUGGUGCUGGCGACGCACAACCCCGACAUCAUCCACUCGUCUGCCAUCCACCGGUCAUUCCACAUUCAAGACGGGAGUCUCGUGGAAGACAGACCGGUGAACGCCAUGCGGCUGCCACACCUGUCGAUGAUGUCGUCCCCAACGCCCAGCCGCGACGGGUUCUGGGACGGUGACGAAGACGUGUCCAUCAUACUUGGACGACCCGUGUGCGACACGGUGAUGCCGUCGAUGCUGUUGACGCCUCGUCGCCGGAUGUCUGCCGCCGGUCAAAAUGGGCAGAACGUGCUCACGGUGGACGAAGACCGCGCGUGUGGCCGCGUGUCCCAGGCCGUCGUGACUUCGUACAUGUCUGCGAUAGGGGGCUGGCCGGCCGUGGCGGCGAUGGUCGGCAUGAGCCUAGUCACAGAAGCCGUCCGGCUCAGCAAGGAUCUAUGGCUCACGGGCUGGACCAACCAAAGCAACUCCACGUCGUCCAGUCAAGACAUCAAGGUCGAGACCCGCUACAACAUGACCAUCUAUGCAGUGCUCGUGCUGGCCACUUGUACUGCCAUGAUCGCCCAGUUCGGCACAGUGCUCGUAGUGGGGCUCCGAGGCUCGAAGCGUCUCUUUGAGCGCAUGUGGACGGGACUCAUGGCUUCGCCCAUGCGUUUCUUCGAUACAAAUCCCAUCGGGCGUAUCCUGAAUCGAUGCGGGGACGAUGUAUUCCAGUGCGACCUCAUGCUGCCCAUGUCGAUGGCGCCGAUUCUGUCGCAGACUGCCGCGGCCGUGGGGAAGGUCGCUCUGAGUGUCGGGACGAUCCAGUGGAUGGCACUGGUCCUCCCGCCCCUUGUCUUCGUUUAUGUUAAGCUCGGGUCGUACUUUAUCGCACCUCUGCGCGAAGUGAACCGGAUCAAAAAAGUAACCCUGUCGCCACUGCUGACUCUUGUGAGCGAAGGUGUGGAUGGAGCUAUUGUCAUCCGCGCCUUUGGACUCGACUACCAGCGCCGAUUCUACCGCCUCCAUGACGUGGCAGUAGAAAACUACUCGGCGGCUUCGUUUGCCAGCGCGUCACUGAACCAGUGCUUUGCCCUCCGUGUCGCAGCUAUCUCCAACUCGAUCGUGCUUGUGAUACUCUUGGGGUGUGUCGUCAUGUCGUCGUCCAUUUCAGCGGGGAUUUUGGGUCUGAUUGUCUCAUAUGGACUCACGAUUCCGGCGAAUUUGGCCAAAUUGGUCAACUUGUGGGCCAACCUCGAGACCGCCCUCAUUGCCCCCGAACGUCUGCACGAAUAUGCGACACUGCCCAGCGAAGGCCGCCGCGACACCCCGUUUAAUUUGGCUUCGUGGCCCACCCACGGCCGGAUUACGUAUACAAACGUGAGCUUCCGGUACAAGCCAGACGACCCCCUCGUGCUCGAAAACGUGUCGUUUGAUGUGUCUGGAGGGGAAAAGAUUGGGAUUGUGGGCCGAACCGGUGCCGGCAAGUCCAGUUUGAUCAUGACGUUGUUUCGAAUCAAUGAUGUGGCAGCCGGAGAGAUCGCCAUCGACGGCGUGGACAUUGCAACCAUCGGCCUCAAGCAACUCCGGUCGUCUUUGGCCAUAAUUCCGCAAAACCCAGUGCUAUUUAAAGGUCCACUGCGGACUUAUAUGGAUCCAUUCCAUGACUUUACCGACGACCAACUGUGGGCCGUGCUGAAAAAGGUGCACCUCACCGACAGAAUCGUCGUCUCAGAUGCCAAACUCGAGCAAGAAGUCGACGAAAACGGAGAAAACUUCAGCGUGGGCGAGCGGCAGAUGCUGUGCCUGUCCAGAGCGCUGCUACAUAACGCCAAGAUCGUCAUGCUGGACGAAGCCACUGCAGCGAUAGACCACGCGACUGAUAAGGUGCUGCAAAAAGUCAUCCGGGAAGAGUUGAAGACCUCGACCGUGCUUACGAUUGCCCAUCGAUUGGAUACAGUGCUCGACUACGAUCGUAUUUUUGUGUUUGAACAAGGACAGCUCGUGCAGAACGACACCCCCGCGGUGCUAGCUACACAAGGCGGCAUCUUCUUUGACAUGAUCGCCCAAGGAGGAGGGUAUGCCCACCGGUUCGUUCAGUUGUAAUAGUAAAGGCGAAAACACACGAACAUUACCAUGG